CAUGUUUUCCUUUCAUAUAAAUUUGGCAAGCAUUGCAUUCGCAGAGACAAGUACUUCUACAUAUAGAGGGCAGAGAGAAAGAACUUGCAGAGAGAAAGAUCAGAAAGAGAGAGAGAGAGAGAUAGAUAUGGAGGCACUAGGCCGGAAAGCGAAGCCUGUAGCUGUCAAAGUGGCAGCUCUUUCUGGGUCUCUUCGUAAACGUUCCUACCAUCGAGGUCUCAUUCGUGCUGCAAUCCAACUAUGUGAGGAGUCGAUCAAAGACAUGCAAAUAGAGUACAUAGAAAUCGAGCAACUACCGAUGCUAAAUACUGACCUUGAAGGCCAUGGAACUUUUCCACCGGCUGUUGAAGCUUUCCGUCAGAAAAUAAAAGAAGCUGAUUGUGUUCUGUUUGCUUCCCCCGAGUAUAAUUUCUCCCUCGCUGCACCUCUGAAGAAUGCAAUUGACUGGGGAUCUAGACCACCAAAUGCGUGGGCUGACAAGGCUGCUGCAGUCAUAAGCACUGGAGGAAAUGGUGGUGGAGAACGAGCGCAGUAUCAUCUUCGCCAAGUUGGAGUUUUUCUUGAUCUUCACUUCAUUAAUAAACCAUUCUUUUGCUUGAACGCGUUCGAGCCUCCGGCAAAGUUCGAUAAAGAUGGAAACCUGAUCAAUGCAGAAGCCAAAGAAAAGUUGAAGAAAGUUCUUCUAGCCUUGCAUUCAUUUACUUUGCGUCUCCGCGGGGGCAAGCUGUAAGUGAGAUUAUGAUAUAUAUAUGUAAUUCUCAGAUAGAAAGAACAAAAAUCUGUGAUUCUUCAUGACGCAAUGAAUGGACGUGACAUUGAUUUGAAUUAAGUUACUACUAAUUCACUUAUUAUAAUUACUAUUUUGCCUUUUAUUUUGAAUUUUGGUCGAUGUAGUACUG